ACGUGUGCGCAGCUCCGCCCUCUUUUGGCGAAGCACCUAGGCCUGGCCCCUCUCGCGACCUGUAGCGCGGCGGAGCAAGCGCAGUAGGCUGGGAGGGCUGCGCGGGCUGCGCACCUGGCUGCGCGUCGCCAUGGAGCCCGACGGGACCUACGAGCCGGGCUUUGUGGGUAUUCGCUUCUGCCAGGAAUGUAACAACAUGCUGUACCCCAAGGAAGACAAGGAGAACCGCAUUCUGCUCUACGCGUGCCGGAACUGUGAUUACCAGCAGGAGGCCGACAACAGCUGCAUCUAUGUCAACAAGAUCACGCACGAAGUGGACGAACUGACCCAGAUUAUCGCCGACGUGUCCCAGGACCCCACGUUGCCGCGGACCGAGGACCACCCGUGCCAAAAAUGCGGCCACAAGGAGGCUGUGUUCUUCCAGUCACACAGUGCCCGGGCCGAGGACGCCAUGCGCCUGUACUACGUGUGCACGGCCCCACACUGCGGCCACCGCUGGACCGAGUGACCUCCCCUCUCCCCCGAGUGUAAUAAACACCAGAUUCCAUGCGUGA